AUGUUCACGCCGGACGCGACGUCCAGCGGGAGUCUCGAAGCGCGUCAGCGCGUUGCGCAUCUGCAAGCAGCUACAAAGAACGUAAUCGCUCUAGGCCGUGUUGUGCGCAGCUCCUAUUGCGACCAUGCAGGCUGGGGCUAUAAACAAGGCCGGAUCAUUAAAACAUGGAAACGUCGUUAUUUUGUGCUAAAAGGUCGCGAAUUAAUUUAUUUUACCGAACAGUCCCCAAGUGGCAAAGGAAUUGACGAAAAAGGUCGAUUUUGCAUCAAUGGUGUCGAGUAUACUGUGGAAUACCCCAAUGCUCUAAUUAUUCGAGGCGAGCUCAAGAACCAAGUGAUGAAGAUGCAAGUGGACACCCAGGACGAAAGUACCGAGUGGUUUGACAAGAUUUCAGCUGUCUUACAGGCCGCAAAAGACAAGCGCCUGACCACGGAAAACUCGCAUGGAGUGCCAGGCCGUGGUACUGUAGCCAUGAAAGGGUGGCUCUUGAAAGAAGGGCAGAACUUUAAGACGUGGAAACGACGUUAUAUGACACUGAUGGGACGCGUGGUUCAGUACCGAGCUCAGCUCGAUGAAAAGCCUCUUGGUGAGACGAGAGUGAACGCUGUAAACAUUAAUCUGUCGCGACCUUUUGCACUGGAUAUUUAUUCGGACAAUAACCGUAUCCUGAGGAUUGCUGCCGAGACAUUUGCAGAGAUUGAAGCGUGGGACCACGCACUUGCUCAAGCCAUUGGAAAACGCCCUUGUUUUGGCGACCCGUAUGCUGGACAGAUUGCACCGUUUCUUGGGGAGACGUUUGAAGAGAGUGUGUUGUGUGAAGGCUGGUUGUACAAACGAGGACAGCGGUCCACUGAGUGGCAGCGACGAUACUUCAAGCUGAAAGGGUUUGAGCUGCAGUAUCAGGACGGGCCUGGUGAGAGUGUGCCGAAGGGCGCGGGAACUGUUGUGGGGUUGAAACCUGGCGAAAUGGGAUCCAAUUCUGUGUACGUGCAGCUUGAAUCGGGUCGCGUGCUCUGUGUAAGUGCUGACAGUCAAGAUGCCGUGGACAAGUGGGUGCAUGCUAUUUGCACAUUGCUGGGUAAGGAUCCCGGGAUGCUGAAAAAGGAAGCUGCGACUUCGACAGUUGUAGUCAGCAGGGGGGCGAGCAUUGGUAAUCGAAUUACCCGCGCAAUCAGUCGGGGUGGAUCCAGCACAAUGAUGCCACCAGUUGUACCGGCAAAUCGAGUGAACGUUUGUGGUGCGAGCGGGCGCAAAUUGACUCUUGCCUGCGCUGAUAAUAACUCGCGUAGCGUCGAUGACAACAUGGAGGGCGACGACGAUAGCAAGGAUGCUGGUUCGCUUUUGCGCGAAUCGCCUGACAGUCGUCUUGGUUUACUUGAUGCUGGUAGCACCUCGGCGUCAACUGAUCCGCGGCCAUCCGUGACCGGUCUGAAUCGAAAAUGUGGAUGGCUUCGCAAAGAAGGUGCUCGUGUCCGCUCGCUGAAGCGCCGUUACUUCAUGGUCGAUGGCAACAAGCUGUACUACUUUGAACAAAUCGGUGAGGCUCCGCGUGGAAAUGGCGUCGUCAAGAGCGCUGUUCCCAACGAUACGUAUCCAAAUUGCCUGGAUUUUAUCCUGACAUCGGGCCGCACGCUGCGCGUAGUGGCUGAGUCUUCGGCAGAAAUUCGCUCGUGGCUCGAUCAUUUCAACGAAUGCCUUCCGGAGGGCGAUAGCGUUGAAGAACGUCGUAGUGCCAUAGGGAGGCUAUCACUUGGUGCAGGUGAUGAAGAUGCUGCAUCUAGUGUGUCCGAGAGUCGUAGUGGCUGGCUGCUGAAGAAGGGCAAGAACUUUAAGAAUUGGAAGCGUCGAUUUUUCAAGCUGGACGGCAAGCAGCUUUCGUAUGCAAGCGCGUCGGAUGCUCCGCCUCUCGGACGUGGAGUGGUUGCGAAUGUCUCGAUCGGAAAUGAGCGUCCUUUUUGUCUGGAUGUUCACUUUCAGAAUGGCCGCGUGAUGCAUGUUGUUGCAAGUAGCGAGAGUGUGAUGGUGACCUGGAAUCGUUUGCUGCAAGCUGCUGUACUUUCGGAGCCGAUUGAAAGUGAUUUGGAGCAGGACACUCAGUUUGACUUUGAUGACGCUGAGGAGGAUGCACGUCUCGACAACAUGCACACUCUUGUGACGGCUGCCACGGCUUUCAAGCGUGGCUUGUCAAAGGCGUCGUCAACCGUCAGCACAGCAUCGAGUGACGAUAGCUGCAAGCAGCGAGUAGAGCUGACGGUACAACCCACGCGCAAGUGCGUGGAGGAUCGGAUGAAGCCGACAAACUUUCGAGUGGGGGAAGCAGCUAUAGCAGGAGUAAGUCGGCAGCCUCUUCCAAUCGGCAGUACUGAUACGGAAGAACCAGUCGUGUGCAGUGGGUGGUUGCGGAAGGAAGGCGGGACGGUAAAGAACUGGAAACGGCGCUACUUUACGCUGCAUAGUACCAUACUCUGCUACUUCAAGAGCGAUAAUGGUGCGCUCCUGCGCAGUUUCACGGUAUGCCACGUCGUGACCUUGCGCACUAAAAAGCUAUGUUUAGAGAUUACAACUGAGGUGGGACGCAAGCUUUUGGUGGCCAGUGAGACACAGGCCGAUUUAGACCGGUGGCUUGACCACCUGCACCGUGCCAUCGCGGUAGAAAAGCGUAAGAAGCACGACAACGCUCUACAAUGA